CAGCGCCAGACGCCCAUUGGCAGAGCAGGGCGCAGCCAUUUCCUCCUUUUGCUGCAGUCGCAGCCCCGGCUGGCUGGUCCCACCUCCCUGGGCUGCAGCCGGCCUUGCACCGCCUCGGCUCGCCCGCUUGCAACUUGGCCGGCCCCGGUGCCAACUGGACGGAGAGUUGCUCUCCUGGCUCCCAGGGGCGCCGCCGGGAGGAGGCCGAGCGCGGGGAUGCUGCGGCAGGGAGCGGCGCCGUGAUUCGAGCUGUCGGCUGUGGCUGCGCUUCCGCGGGCGCCUCUUUCCCCUUUCCAGCCGCUGCAGCGACUCCAUGGCUGGGAAGCGCCUGGCGCUCCUCCUCUAGCUGCGCCUGGGGAUCCCGCACCGCCUCCCCCCUGCCUUCUUUGUCUGCGGUGCUAUGAGGAGGUCUACAAUGAUAAAUGGACUUAUUCUUCCUGUACUAAUCAUGGUGUUUUUUCCUUCACCCAACAUGGGAGAUGAUGAGCUGAAACUGAACAUGGAAUAUUUUGAAUGUGUGUGUGAAGGCAUGUCCUGCGGGAACGGCGACCGCUGCAGGGGCCAUCGGUGCUUUUCCUCCUUGAGCAUCAACAACGGUGCCAAAGUGUAUCAGAAGGGUUGCUUCCAAGUCUAUGAACAGGGGAAGAUGACCUGCAACACACCUCCGUCUCUUGAUCAAGCUGUUCAGUGCUGUGAGGGAUACCUCUGUAACAUAAAUAUCACAGCACAGCUGCGUGCAAAAGGGCAAGCGAAAGCGAUGGAGUACCCCAAGGAAAUGCUCAUUGUUUUUAUAAUGGCCCCAGUUAUAGCGUUGAUGCUACUUUCAGGCAUAGUUUGUCAAAUAAUCCGAAAAGUCCGGCAGCACAACUUGGAAAGGCUCAACUCAAGAGACGCAGAGUACGGAACGAUAGAGGGACUCAUAGCCUCGAAUGUUGGUGACAGCACACUGGCUGAUUUAUUGGACCAUUCCUGUACAUCUGGGAGUGGCUCUGGUCUUCCCUUUCUUGUGCAAAGAACAGUCGCUCGCCAAAUUACACUGUUGGAGUGUGUGGGAAAAGGUCGAUACGGAGAGGUCUGGAGAGGACAGUGGCAAGGAGAAAACGUUGCUGUAAAGAUCUUUUCUUCCCGAGAUGAAAAGUCCUGGUUCAGGGAAACGGAAUUGUAUAAUACAGUGUUACUGAGGCAUGAAAACAUUUUAGGCUUCAUUGCCUCAGAUAUGACUUCCAGGCAUUCCAGCACUCAAUUGUGGCUAAUCACACACUUCCACGAGAUGGGCUCUUUGUAUGACUAUCUCCAGCUGACUACGCUGGACACAAUCAGCUGCCUCCGGAUAGUCUUGUCUAUUGCUAGUGGCCUUGCACAUUUGCACAUAGAGAUUUUUGGGACCCAAGGAAAACCGGCCAUUGCUCACCGAGACUUGAAGAGUAAAAACAUCCUGGUUAAGAAGAACGGACAGUGUUGCAUAGCAGAUUUAGGCCUUGCAGUGAUGCACUCCCAGAGCACUAAUCAGCUGGACGUGGGGAACAACCCCCGUGUGGGUACCAAGCGCUACAUGGCUCCAGAAGUCUUAGAUGAAACCAUCCAAGUGGACUGCUUUGACUCCUACAAAAGGGUCGACAUUUGGGCGUUUGGGCUGGUCCUUUGGGAAGUUGCCAGGCGCAUGCUUAGCAAUGGCAUUGUUGAAGACUACAAACCUCCUUUUUAUGAUGUUGUUCCUAAUGAUCCAAGUUUUGAAGACAUGAGAAAAGUAGUCUGUGUGGAUCAGCAAAGGCCAAACAUUCCUAACAGAUGGUUUUCUGAUCCUACAUUAACUUCCCUUGCCAAGUUGAUGAAAGAAUGCUGGUAUCACAAUCCAUCGGCAAGAUUAACAGCUUUGCGUAUAAAAAAGACCUUGACCAAAAUUGAUAAUUCCUUAGAUAAAAUCAAAGCUGACUGUUGAUAAUCAACACAUUUGAUACUGGAAAGAAAUUAGGUUUGCUGUCCAGCCUAAAGAAACUGCUGGGCAAAUCCUAAGACUCAGUCCCAAGUGGCUUCAUAGAUAGGCAGAAGUCAUUUUACCUGACCCAGCUGUUUGAGAGGAAAUGGAACCAUUUGAGCCUUAACUGGUGACAUUCAUAUUAUUAUACAAAUGGCCAAUCUUAAAGACUUACGCUGGAUCUGUGAUGGCCUAUGGAAGGAAGACACAGAAAUCCUUAGAAGACUGGGGCAUUAAAAACCAUGGCUUUUAAUAGCUAUUUUUUAUUUUGGAAUAACGAAACAAACAAGUCAAUUGUCUUCUUGCGGCUCCCAAGCAAAACAAACGGACUCUGUCAAUUCUAAUCGGCAAUAUUGCCUGUGCGUCUCUUCUUUAUUGCACUAGGGAUUCUUUACAUUCUUUACUUGCACUGUUAACUGUUAAUUUUUAAAGACAUGACUUGCCAAAAAAAGAAAAGAUUGGCUUACGUCCUCAUCAGUCUGUGUUUAUGAAUUAGGAGGCAAAUCGAUUUGGGAAAUUGAUUCUGUAACUGACAUCUUUUUUUUUUAAACUUGCAUUUUUACAUAUGUGUACUGUUUACAAUAAUGCUGGACAAUAGGAAUUGUUUAUAAGGAAACUUUUUAAAAUUUUAUUUAUUACUAGUGCACUUAACAGUUUUAAGAAAACUGAACAAAGUGCAUACAGUUAAAAGCUUAUUUUUAUGUGGCUUCUAUCAUUAUUUCUUACAGACGGCCUAACCCAAAAACAGUUCACCCCUGUAUUAUCAGUUACACUUUUUAAUCACUUUCUUUUAAGUGCUUCACAUUUUAUAUGUGUGUGGUCUGUAAUGUAUAUUUUCAAUUCAUAAUAUACAGGACAUUUAUAUCUAUAUAUCAAAAUAUAAAGCCAUUACCCACAUGAUGCCACAUCUAGUACCUUAUUGAUCUAGAGGAGGGAAGGGAAGCAAUGAAGGGAAAAGAGGUGGAGCUUAUAGGAAAGUGCAUUUUUCUUCGCAGCUUAUACAUAAUAUGCAUUUAAACUUGUAUCAGGAAAAAGCUGUAUUUUUUUAAUUUACUUUUUGUAUUUAGCAGUUAUUUGUAUAAAUGAAAUAGAAUAUUUUCAAAUCGAUUGGAAGGAAAUGUUCCCCCAGUUGGUGCCUUCCAUGGCAUAAGGUAAAUAUAAUGUGUGGUCUGCCGCGCUAGAUAAUAUCCUAAGAUUCCCACCCCUGGCUCUGUUUGUAAGCAAGAACUAAAGCCGACAGGCCUGUGCAUUGGCUGACAAGUGACUGAGGAACCUCAGAGUAAUCAUUCAUGAAGGUGUUGCUGAUGCUGGGGGGAGGGAUGGAGGUGGUCCUUGCCAAAGCCGUAACUUCACAGUGAUGGGAAUUGAUGUGUAACAGUACUUAACAGGUUGGAUCAUGGACUUUCUCACCAUGGCUUUUUAUCUUGAGUUUCCUGAGUAAAAACUUUGAUCCCAGUGCCUUGUUUUGCCUUGCCUUGUGACUACAUGGUGUUUUUCCCCUCUGGAACCCUCUUAAAUAAUAGCUAAGGGGGCUGAAUGUAAUGGUGGUUGCUCUAUAACCAUUAAACCAGCAUAAUACUAA